UGGACGCCGAGCAGCAGAUGGGCGAAGAGCCGCGGAAGGGGGGAGGCGCGGUGAAGAUGGGCCGACGAGCUCAGCAAGAUUCCUACUCAGAGGAAAAUCAUCUUAGCCAGACCUACUCUUCAGCAGGAGAGGGUCCUCCAUCUGUACCUGCUCGGCGGCAAGGAGGAUGGGCAAGUGAUGCUGUUGUAAGUGCUUCCAAAUCAGGAAAGAAACAUACAGAGCAAGAAGUUGAAGAUCACCGCCUGAGGCAGCAGAGCCUGGAGGCCUCUGAUGAUGGAGAAGAUAUUCCAGUGAUCCCUGACUUGGAAGACGUUCAAGAGGAAGAACUGGCCAUGCAGGUGGCGGCUCCACCCAGUAUCCAAGUGAAUAGAGUGCUUACCUACCGUGACCUGGACAAUGACCUCAUGAAAUAUGCUGCUUUCCAAACCUUGGAUGGAGAUAUUGACCUAAAGCUCCUUACUAAAGUUUUGGCUCCAGAGCAGGAAGUGCGAGAGGAUGACGUCGGCUGGGACUGGGAUCAUCUCUACACAGAGGUGUCUUCCGAGCUCCUGAGCGAGUGGGACAUGGGGCAGGCUGAGAGGGAGGAGGCUCUCACCCCCACUUAG